GCAGGUUUGUUGUGGCCCCACCCCCUCAUCCAAAAAAGGAGCAGACAGGCCUGCUGCCACAGAAGCAUCAGACAGAGGAGAGCAGAUGAUGAGGAGGUUGGAGCCCGGGAUAUUUGGAGUAGUUUUUAUCUAGCAGAGAGUAGGGCAGCGAUCUGCAGGGAAUUUCACGCAAAUGAAGAACCAAGCAUCUCAAAAGCAUACCAUUUGUUUCCCAAUCAAAGUCUGAAAAUUUAAACUGUGAAUUGACUUUGAACGCGAUGAAAUAGAAAGGCUGGAAAGAGAAGUUUGGAGAAACAAUUGACCUCAGCCAAGGCUAAUGGGUAUUUUACAAGGCAGGUAAUGGAUUCUCUGGCAAAUAGAUUCAUUUCUGUUACCUCAGAACCACAGAUGUUGGAAACUAAUGUAACGUUACCAUCUCAUGUAAAUGAAUGUUCUAUCCACGAUGGGUUCUUAUCAUUGACACUUCCAGUUAUGUAUUCUAUUGUAUGUGGCCUCAGCUUACUGAGCAACCUACUGGCCCUUCUUGUGUUUUGGUCAAACAGUCAAAGAUGUACAUCUAUGAUAGUAUAUAUGAGAAACCUGGCAGUGGCUGAUCUUCUGCUCGCAUUGUGUCUGCCCUUCCGUGUUGCUUAUCAGAAUCACAACGGACUACUGAUCCUGUGCAAGAUAGUUGGUGCAUUCUUUUACUUGAACAUGUAUGCCAGUAUAAUGUUUCUGAGCCUGAUAAGCCUGGACCGGUAUCUUAAGAUAAUAAGACCACUACAGAAAUACAAAAUUCACAGUGUUUCCUGGAGUACAAGGGCCACUUGGAUCAUUUGGUUGAUUAAUCUAGUCUGCAUAAUUCCUUUCCUCUUCGAAAACAGAACUGGACCAUGCAGCCAGAAGUGCUUUCACUUCCAGAGAAAAGGGUUAACUGGAGCUGUAAUCAAUCUAACCGCAGUCAUUUCCUUCUUCAUCCUUUUAUUGCUCUUCGUCUAUUUUUAUGCAAAAAUAUCUUCCAAACUUCACAAGGCCUCCUUGGGAAGAACACAGCCACAAACUAAAAGAAAUAGCAACAGAGCAAUGAAGAAGACUUUUAUUGUCCUGAUAAUCUUUAUUGUGUGCUUUGUUCCCUAUCAUAUUGUGCGUGUUCCCUACAUCCUUGCCCAGAUAGACAUCAUUGACACUGUCCCCUGGAAACAGACCCUUCAUAUCGCCAAUGAAUUGGUACUUUGCUUAUCCACUCUGAACAGCUGCUUGGAUCCUGUGAUUUAUUUCUUUUUGUCAGACAGCUUUAAACAAGCAGUGAUUUGCACCUUCCAAGGAAAGCUCAAGUUAAUUAUGAACAAUCAGGACAAAGUUGGGAACAGCAACAAAUCUAUUACUGAUAUGUAAUAUUCCCUGUGUAUGUAAUGCUUGGACAUCCAGCUCACAAGUCUCCAGUUGCACUGAAAUGCUAAGCAAUACCUGCAACAUAGUACAAUAUAUUAUUAAUAGAUGUGCAGCAGUUUCUGUAUGCCAGAAGAGAGCUAGGGAAAUAGUAUCUCCCUCAAUGUUGUUAUACUACGACUCCAAUGAUCCUAUCAAACACUUUGUGGUAGAAUUGUGAGAGCUGUAGUUCAACAACAUACCUAAUCCCUCCCUGCAUUAGGAUGUGAAAAUUUCUCUGCUGCUUUCAGACUUCCGGGAAAGCAUUUCUCUUUCAUUUCCUGACCAGAGAGCAGUGCUUAUAGCUAGAAUUAGAUAGAAGAUGUGAGUGGGAGUUUAUGUGGGCAGAGAAUGAAAGUGAGAGCAUUAAUACUGAUAUAUGUUAAUAUUAUUUGUAUUAUUUUGCUAUAUUUUGUUUAUUUGUUUUAUUGCAUUUAGUUUAUUUUUAUUAUUUGUAGAUUACUUUUGCCUUUAACUGAAGUAAGUAUAUUCAUAAUACCGCCAAUAUUUGUUACCUGCAGGAAAUUUGUGCUACCCAUGGGUUACAUAUAUGUUAAAAAUUCCUUUGCAAUCAGAACAAAUGAAGCAACUUUGAGCAAUUACACAAGUAAUGUAUAUUAUUUACUGGGGAGUUGGGGAGUGAAGGUAUUUUCAGGCACAAAUUUCCUGUGGGCACAAGAGUUGUUAAAGCGUUGCAGAACCAGACACAGACACAUAGUAGCUUUGUAUUUAAAAUGUGUAGGAGCCGAUAUAUUGACCGUCGACCCAGGGAAUCCAGAAAAAAUUAUUAUUAAGUCGCUCCCACAGUGUCAGGCAGGCAAUGAGAGAAGCAGUGCAUCCUGCCUCCCCGUGUUUGAAUACAUUGACAGAAACGGAAUUUGGCCUAUGCGCAAAGUGACAGAUGGAUAUCUUCUCUGUCAGUGCAUACACACAUGAGGUGAUGCUGAUGAACCAGGGUUUUCUCUGCUGCUGUGUCUUACAUAAGCCUAAUGCAACAAACAAAAAACUAUGAAAACUAUAAUGGUCAUUGAUGUCUAAGGGGGGGCAUUUACUAACUUUAGUAUGUUUUUUUUUUUUUUUCAUGAUUCGUGAAAUUCAAAUCGUUUUUGUACAAAAAUCACAAAUUUUUCACGAUUUAUUAAAUAUAAAAUCUACAAAAAACACUAAUGCAAAACUUUGCGGUCUAAAAGUUGUUGAGGUCAGUGGGAGCUGUCCUAGGCAAUUUGUAAUAAUCUUUAUUUAAUUUGUGGUUUUAGAGGUUUUCGGGGUUUUUGUUUUGUUUGUAACACGAAGAACACGAAGAUUCAUGAAAAAAACUGUUUUUGUUCUGCAUUUUAAUUCAUUUGUGCGUUUUCAAUUUGGAUCUUUUAAUAAAUGAGUCUAGUUAUGGUUUCAAAAACCUCAAAAACCACCAAAAUCUCAAUGAGAUAGGGACCAAGCUCUGCCAUCCUGGGUACAGGCCCUGUAUGUAGAUCUGCCAAGGUGUGCUGCAGCCAACUAUGAGCCAUAUGUAAAUGCAUGUGCUGCUGUUGUUUUAAUGUUUGUCAAGAGCUUUUCAAACUUCUUUAUAUUCCAUCUUUGCUUGCAUUUGCAAACAUAAGUGAGGAUUAAUAAGAUAAAGCCCACACCUUUGCAAAUGUGUUUACUCCCCAUAGUAUUGGAUAAUAUAACCUUUGACAUCCAUUUGGCACUUUGCUAACUGAACCAUCUAAGAAUAUACCAUUCUUUAAAUUGUAAACAUACUGCUGUGUGCACCUGUUUACACAUAUACCAGUUAUUCCUGCAAUGUGUCACCUCCAAUAUGCACGGAAAUCUGUACUGACAGCAACAGAUAAACAAAUACACAUAACAGUUUUAUUAUAUAGACAAUAUAUUGUAAAAUAUAAGAAUAUUACAAGUUGUUCCAUGACAGUAUAAAAGUCCAGUGCCAUACAAAUGUG